AUGGCGGAAGCAGCUGUGGAAUUCCUGCUGAAUAAUCUCAAACAACUUCUGGCUUACAACGCCGAUUUGAUUUCAAGCAUCAAAGCCCAUGUCGAGUCUAUGUACAGCGAUCUGGGUCUACUGAAUACUUUUGUCAAGGGAACGAGCGAGAGAAGGAGCAACGACUCCGUGGUCGAAGAACUCGUCAGACAAAUCAGAAUCGAAGUCUAUAAAGCCGAAGACAUUAUUGACAAGUACGUCUCCGAAGCAUACACCCAAAAAACACGAGUCGGUGCUGCAGAAGUCAUCAACGUCCCAGAUUACCUCGUUAAACUUAGACACGUCGGAAGGAAAAUUCAAGAUAUAAGGAAGCACAUGAAGGAGAUCUACGACAACAAACCGUUUGCAAACGACUUUUUCAGUAGGACAGAAGAAACAAUUCCUAGGUCUCUUCCAUGUGUGGACGAGGAGAACGUUUUCGGCUUUGAGAAAGAAGCUAAAAAGGUUGUUGGGUGUCUCAAAGCAGAGACAAAGGAGCUUGAGGUGAUUUCCGUCAUGGGUAUGGGCGGCGUGGGUAAAACCACUCUUGCUAAGAAAGUCUACAAUGACGAGGACAUUCAAUGCAACUUUCCUGUUCGUUCCUGGGUUUAUGUUUCACAAGUUUUUAAUCUAAAAGAGGUGUUUCUUAGUAUUUUGUACGAUGUUACUCAAGUAAGCAGAGACGCAUCACAAUGGAGUGUCGACACCUUAGCCAAGGAGCUUAAUAGACAACUGAAUGAUGAAACGUAUCUAAUUGUAUUAGAUGAUAUUUGGACCAAACAUGCAUGGGAUGAAUUGAAAAUGGCAUUUCCCAGCAAUGAAAACGGGAGUCGGAUCUUGAUAACGAGUCGGAACAAAGAUGUUGCAAUACACGCAAACACAAGUCUCGGAGAUCCGUAUCAACUUCGAUUUCUUACGGAUGCAGAAAGUUGGGAGCUUUUAAAGAAGAAAGUUUUCCCCAAAGGAACCCGUUGCUCCAGAGAAUUAGAGAAUUUAGGGAAGCAAAUUGCAAGAAAAUGUUAUGGGUUACCUCUUGCGAUUGUGGUCAUUGCGGGAAUUCUAAAAAAGAUGGAUAAGGCGCCUAGUUCAUGGGAGAAAGUUGAGAAAAAUGUGACUACUAUCGAACCCAAGCAAUGUAUGGAGGUAUUAGAAUUAAGUUAUAAGCACUUACCUUAUCAUCUGAAAGCUUGUUUUCUACACUUUGGUGUUUUCCCAGAAGAUUUUGAGAUACCAGUGAGGAAAUUAAUUCAUAUGUGGGUAGCUGAGGGGUUUAUUCAGCCAACUAGAAACACAAGCCUAGAAGAAAUAGCUGAAGAGAACUUGCUAGAUCUUGUGGAUCGGAACUUGGUUUUGAUUGAACAGAGAAGGGCUAAUGGUGGGAUAAAAACAUGUCGAAUUCAUGGUAUGUUGCAUGAUAUGUGUGUUAAAAAAGCCGAGGAAGAAAACUUUUUUAAAGAAAUCAAAAGUUUGGAACAAUGUAUUUAUAAAGCCGUUGAUCUAAACGUCUUUCGUCGUGUUUCGGUUUAUUCUCUUGCCUCGGAUUGUAUUUCGUCAAAGCAUGAUUAUUCACAUGUUCGGUCUUUCUUGUGCUAUGGUCGGGAAAAAACCGUCUUGAAUCCUUCCCAAAUAAAAUGCUUCUCGGAAUCGUUCAAUUUGCUUAGAGUUUUGGAUGCUGCCCCUAUUACUUUCGCUAUGUUCCCAAGCGCAAAACUCAUCCAUUUGAGGUACAUUGCUUUGUCUGGCACAUUUAAUGUUCUUCCCGAAGCCGUCUCGAACCUAUGGAACCUACAAACCCUUAUAGUCAACACAACAAAUUGUCGUAAUAUUGAGGUGAAAACGGAUAUAUGGAAGUUGUUACAGUUGAGACAUGUUUACACAAGUGCAGCUAGUGUUUUCCCGACCUCAUCUUCAAGCUCACGAAAGGGUGGUAAAGACCCUUUGGUUAACCAAAACCUGAUAACCAUGUCUAAAGUUUCACCGGACAGUUGUACCGAUGAGAUUCUAGUCCGGACACCAAAUCUGCAAAAACUCGGUGUUUGUGGGAAAUUGGCAUUGCUUAUGGAAAUGAAAAACGGCAAAUGCAAGUUUGAUAAUAUUACAGGAUUACGCCGUCUAGAUAAGCUGAAAUUGGUGAACUACACGUACCCGAUUUCACCAUUCAAUGUAAAUGCAAAGUUGCAUGCUCUUCCCAAUAGUUUGAAGUUCCCACCAAUGCUAAAGAAACUUACCUUAAGUGACACGGUGCUCAAAUGGGAACAAAUUUCUGUUCUUGGGAAACUUCACGGGCUUGAGGUUCUUAAACUCGGAUAA